AUGGUGGCGGCUCCAAAGCCGCCGGAUAAUGGCCGGCCAAAACAACAUUCAUUUGCGCAAAUCCUCAAUGUCUCUAAGCCAAAUCCAAGGAGCAUCAUUCAGCCGAUUGAGAUAUCAAUUCCUGAAUCAUUUGUCAAAUCUAAUCCGUCAAUGGUGAAGGGAGAACCAGUCUUUUUGCUAUCGAAAGAAGAAGACGAAAAGCUUGCAGCACCGUUUAAAUUCAGUCUAGUUGGAAAAUUUUCAAGGGGAAGACCGAAGACGGAGUAUUUGUGGAAUAGGUUCAAUGCGAUAGGGUUUGUGUGGAGGUGGAUCUCCUUCAUGAAUUGCCAAAGCGGAUUUCUUCUAGGUACUGAGGAGUAUUCGUAUUAUCAAUAUGUAACGUAUGAAAAUCUCCUGGAAUAUUGCAUGGAAUGUUGCAAAAUUGGGCACUCUUCUCAGAACUGUAGACAUGGGAAACCUAAGGAUGAGUCGGCGAAAGAAAAGGAACGGAAGGUGAUGAUGCCUUUGAAACCUAUGACUAGGGUUAUCCUAGUGUCUCAACCUGAGACUAAGGCAAACUCAGUGUCUCAACCGACUAUGGGGAAAGCUAAGUUUCAGCCUGUGACUAAACAAUCUAAGCAAGCAGAAGGAAACAAGGAGGUGACUGAAACAUCAAACCCGAAUCACACAAAGGAAUCAGUUAUACAACAGGAAAUAAAGCAGAAUAAGGAAGAGUCUUCAUCAGGGCUCUCUGAAUUGGAAAAAACGAAUAUCCCUACAGAUAUCAGGGAUUCAAGUCCAAUUGAAUCAGGAGAUAAACGACAGCUUACUAAGGAAAAGCUAAGUGCAAUUCUGGAAAAAAGUUUGGAGGAAGAAAAUCUACAAGAUACAUGGGAAGAAGUUGAUGUGGUUUCUACUCAUGGGAAUGAGAACCGGCAACUUACUGUAUACAAAAAGCCUCCAUUUUCAGUUUAUCCUCUUAACUUGUCGUCUCGUUUUGAUUUAUUAACAGAUAUGCCAGAAGACCAGCAAGAAGAUAUCACUGUUGAUCAAGAGAAAGUGCGAAUUCAUUUAGAUGGUGAAAUAUCUAGUGAAUCUAAAACUGAAAUGUAUGAUUCUGAUGAAAGAGUUAAUAUUUCAAGCCAUCUUGUUAUAACAAGAGAUGAUCAAGAGGUUGGUAAACAAGAUUCUAACAUGGAGGUAGCGCGCCUUGUGGUUUCGGAUGGAGAAGAACAAAAGAAAAAACGUGGAAGGCCGCGAGGGUCGACAAAAAUGGUUCGCACUUAUGGAAAAGAAACUCGUCGAUCGACCAGAUUGCAAGGUGACACUCCAACCAAAGUAUCUCAAUGA